AUGAUUGUCAAGAAGAAGCCCAAGGAAGAUAUCCUCUUGUUCUUGACCACAACUCAGGAGAUCGAGGAAGCAUGUGCGAUGAUCCGUCGCAGGGUGCCAAGUCUCCUGGUUUUACCCCUCUACUCUGCCCUCCCUUCCGAGGCCCAGCGUCUUGCAAUGAGCAAGUCACACUUCCAGCAAUGCAUCGUCUUGACCAACGUUGCAGAAGCUAGUGUGACGAUCCCAGGGGUUGUCUAUGUCAUCGACGUGGGGAAAGAGAAGAAGGCUGGUGACGAAGUGGCCGACAAGAUCCUUCAACUGAAGGAUCUGGGCGUCGACGAAGUGGCGCGGUUCGAUUUCAUCGACCCGCCAAUGCCAGAGGCUUACCCCAGCGGGCUCCAAGAGCUGAGGGCGGCAACAGCUAUCAUCGUCAAGCCCUAUGACCUCACUUCCGAGGAGAAGGGUACAGCCAUGGACCUUCUCCGGGCGUGGGCUCGUCGUUCCUUCGGAGGCGAUAUGCGACCCUCCCUCACCGUGACUGUACAAAUGUACCAGGACUUCUGGCAGGCAGUCUUCCAAGGAUAG